AUGGCUCCAGUUAGAGAAACAAAUUCAACUACACCUCCUGCCACUGAGGAAGCACAACUUCCUUUACUUGUUCCCCAAAAUAUUGCCUUAGGGGAAUACAUUUUCCUUAGAAUAGCUCAAGCCAACCCUAAACUCAAGUCAGUUUUUGAAAUCCCUGGAGAUUUCAACCUCAACUUACUUGAAUAUGGAUACUCUCCAUUGGUUACCCACCAAGGUAUCAAAUUAAUUAAUACAUGCAACGAGUUGAACGGUGCUUAUGCUGCUGACGGGUAUUCAAAAGCCAUUGACGGGUUGAGUGUUUUUAUAUCAACAUAUGGCGUGGGUGAAUUGUCUGCUAUCAAUGGUAUUGCUCAUGCUUUUUCUGAAUAUGGUGCUGUGUUACAUAUCGUGGGGACUCCAUCAUUGAGACAGCACGAGGAGUCGAAAAGUAAGAUUGUGAAUAUCCAUCACUUGGUACCCAAUCACAAUUCACUAUGUCCUCCAGACCAUGACGUUUACAAAAAGAUGGUUGAUGGUGUUUCAUGCAUUCAAGAGUCGUUGGAUGGAAACAUAAUAAAUAAUGUGGCAAAGAUUGAUAAAGUAUUGAGAACCAUUAUUCAAGAAAGAAGACCUGGAUAUCUUUUCAUCCCAUGUGAUGUACCUGAUCUACUCACACCUUCCAGCGUAUUGUAUGAAAGCCCUUUUUCAUCAUUGUCACAAUACCAAGGAACAGCUUUUGCACAAAAUGCAUUAAAUGAAGUCACAGACUCCAUCUUGUCCUUGUUGUAUCAAUCGCAUAAUCCUUCAUUGCUUGCUGAUUGCUUAGUUACCAGAUUUGGCGCACAAAAGGAGCUUGACAAUCUUGUUGCAAAGUUGCCCGAUAGCGUCAAGUUAUUCUCCACCAAUUUUGGAAGAAACAUUGACGAGACAAGAUCCAACUUUGUUGGUGUGUACAUGGGAGCUGGAUCAUCCGAUAUCAUGGUAAAGGAAUUAUUUGAGCAUUCAGACUUUUUGCUUCUCUUAGGCUAUUACGAUACCGAAAUGAAUAAUGGAGGUUAUAGUCGUGAUUUCUCUAAAGCUGCAAACACAGUAAUCAUUCAUCCUGAUUACAUACAAAUCAAUAAUUCAACACAUCACAUUAAACAAUUUAAUGGGGACAAAUUAUAUUCAAUGAGUGAGCUUUUGCAAAACUUGACUGACAAAUUGGAGGCAUCGCAAAUAACCGCAACUAGACUGACCACAUAUCAAUUUGUACCUCAAGAAACCCCUAUUCCUUCCAAAACAGACAAUUUCUACUGCCCUCAAUCCAAAAUCAAUGCAUUUUUCACAAAACACUUGCAACCAAAUGAUUAUUUCAUUGUUGAUACCAUGUCUUUCAGUUUUGGUGUAACUGAUAUCAAAUUUCCACCAAAUGUACAUCUUCUUUCUGGUUGGAAUUAUGGAUCAAUUGGAUACGCUGUGCCUGGAACAUUUGGUGCCACAAUGGCAAUCAAUGACUUGGGUCUGAAUCAGCGUAUCAUUUUGGUGCAAGGAGACGGUGGUGCUCAAAUGACUGCACAAGAAUUUUCCAGUUUUAUUAGAUACCAACACAUUUUACACAACUUGCCCAAAGUGUUUUUGCUUAAUAAUGACGGGUACACUAUCGAAAGAAAAAUCAAAGGACCCACAAGGUCCUACAACGAUAUAAAUGGCCUUUGGAAAUGGUCUAAAUUGUUGCUGGUAUUUGGUGGCAUUGAAGGUGAAUCUCAUGAUGCAUAUAAAAUUCAUAAUGUGAAGGAGUUUGAUGAGCACUUUGGAAGUGGAAAAUUAGGCGACAGUUCUAGAUUGCAGUUUUAUGAAAUCAUUGCUGGUAAGUUUGACGUUCCUGCUCGUGUUGAUAGGAUGAUGUCGUCUAAAUAG